AGUCAACAGAUAACAACGUCUAUCGAUAACAACGCUAAGGUCUCUGUAGACGUUGGCAAGUUCGGAUUGUUAAUCCAAGUUGGUGAAAGCUAACCUCUACAUUAAUUUAUAGUUAGCUGCCCAUUUAAAAAGGUUAUAAAUUAUAGAGUAUCCAAAACUUCAUACGAUAAACGAUAAAACAGCAGUUGUUGAUACUUUUCUACUGCAGACCACGCGGCCUACUGAAUCACUACACCACAACCUGGCAGAACAGAAAGGAAUACACACAUGGACUCGGCUGCAGGGUGGCUGUUUCCCGAGAUUCUGGAGAUGAUUUUCUCAAACCUCGAACUGAAGGACUUGGUGGCUUGCAGUGGUGUGAAUCGAACCUGGAAUGAAGCAGCUAACAACGCCAAGCUGUGGAGGAAAUUCGUGAGUAAAAGUGAUCUCAGCUGGUUGCCAACAAGUGUGAGCUGUGAAAUGCACUCCUCCUCCUCCUCCUCCUCCUCCUUCACCUCUCCCUCUUCCUCCUCAACUGAUUACAAUCAAAAUGCACCCCUCAAUCAGAGUCCACCUCCAGCUUUACCAGAGUCUAAUCCUUACAAAACGAUCAUUCAACAACGUAAUCUACUGAAACACAACUGGACUCACGGUUUUUUCACAGAAUUUCACUUGGAUCCGACAGAAUAUGAUUAUGGAAAGUGUGGCCCCAAGUGGUUUCACAGUAUCGACGACGUGUCAUAUCCAUCAAGUGCUCCACAACAUUGUCUCUUCUACCCUCUAUUGGGGGAACUCGAGAGUGGCGAAUUUGUUCUAAUAUUAUUCCGUUUCGAUGCACAAUUAAUAAAGGUGGUAUGUACAUUACCAGUAGACUUUCCUCCAGUAAUGUUUCUAUUCGUCUGUGUGAUGAGGGACUAUAUAGUGUGGCUAUUGAAGGGCGGUGUAGUACAAUAUAUUUCUCUGCCAAAAUGUGACAAGUGUUGUGAAUCUCCACUUGAGAAUUGCAAGGUGCAAACUUUGGCAGAUUUGAAUUCACCAUUUAAAAGUUAUUAUUACCUCACCAUGGACACUAACCACAUAUUAGUUUCAACCCUUGAGUCCCUAUUUGUCUGGAAUAAAAAAUCUCUCAAAUUAACACUAUCCUGUACUCCACCCAUUAGCCCUGAUGGUCGUUCACUGCUAGAAGAAGGUGAUCCACUAUGCUUAGAUGAUGGAUAUCUGAUCAUAUGCUACUCAAAUCAUCUUGAAGGUGCAGCACUGAUUGAAGAGUAUAACUUGGAGACUAACAACAAACUACAAACCAAACUUGAAAUGGAAGGAUCAAUUGACGGAAUUGAGUGCUCUGGGAACUUUAUUGUGAUGAAAUGUGAAAAUGGAAUGGGAGAAUCAUUUACACGAUUUUUCCAAGUGCGUCAAAAGAAUGAUUUAGAGAAAAUUAUCUUCACAUAUAAUUGUGGUAACGAUGGACGCUAUACUACGGAGUACGAUUUGGUGGGAAACUCAUUUCUCAUCUAUAAUAUUUUUGAGGGAAGUCGUGAAUAUCUAGAGAUUGAGAUUUCAACGGGUAUUAGAAGUCCUGUGCGUGAACUUCCAACUAAAUGUCGAUCGAUUUGUAUUUUAAUCGAUAAUCUUGCGUUGAUAAGUCCUUACAAUAACAAUUACACAGAAAUUUGGGACUGGAGGAAGAAUCUGAGGUGUCAGGUGCUGCAUGGUCUUGAUCGUAGUGCCUCCUCAUCGUUAUGUGCUACUGGAAAGUGGCUGAUAUCUCAGUAUGACUGCUCUGCGAGACUUUCUUUCAAAGUUUUUAUAUGCAAGUAAGUUUAUAUAAAAUUGGUCAAUUCUAACCAUUCAUAUUAACUGUUAACAAAUCUGGGAAUAUUGUACACGCAAUCAAUCUCUUAUUUUUGUAGCUAUCCUUUGUUAAAUAUUCAUUCAUUCAAAAAUGAAAUAUUGUUAUUCAUACCUUUGUUUCCAUGUGUAUAGUGAAUUUGAGACUUAUGUAACAUGCAUGUGUGCAUUGUCUGCUCCAUCAUAGACUAGUCUUAUCACAAACCCGCCCUAUCAUAGGCUAGAUAAGCACUAUCUAAGUUUCAGUGAAUAAUUAGAUUGUAAUAAUAAUUCAAUAGGAAAGAUUUUUACUUUCAACAGCUCAAUUGAUCAAUUCUUUCUGAAGCUAUUGUAGAACAUACAAAC